CACAAAAGCCGAAAAUGGCUAAUGCUCUCCUUGAACACGGCUUUCGGUUUCAACAUACUCUCUCUGCUUCUUCAGCAGCUCUGGACAGUCUCUGCAAUGAGCCAACAGUAGCCACAACAGUUGAAUGUGACAGGCCGUGACAUCGAUCAAGCAGAGACUUGUACAGUGUCACUCUCAAUUGUGUGAGUUCAUAGCUAAUCAGCAGCAGUGUUGGGUCCAGAGAGGAGUCACAGCAUGGACCUUAGAUUCAGACUGAUGUCACCUCUCACCAGGGGAGCGCUUCAUCUCCUGCUGCUGGCCAGACUGGUCCUGCCUUCUCACUCAGAGAGCAUGCCCAGCUUCAUUAAGUUACCGGACGAUCAGACAGGAAUAUCAGGAGGAGUGGCAUCGUUCGUAUGCCAGGCAGUGGGUGAGCCAAAACCUCGCAUUACCUGGAUGAAGAAGGGGAAGAAAGUCAGCUCUCAGCGCUUUGAGGUCAUUGAGUUCGAUGAUGGCUCGUGUUCUGUGUUGCGUAUCCAGCCUUUGAGGACCCACCGUGAUGAGGCCAUCUAUGAAUGCACAGCUACCAAUAGUGUUGGAGAGAUCAACACCAGUGCCAAGCUUACUGUGUUAGAGGAGGACCAGAUCCCUCAUGGUUUCCCCACCAUAGACAUGGGGCCCCAGCUUAAGGUUGUGGAGAGAACGCGUACUGCUACGAUGCUGUGUGCAGCCAGUGGUAAGCCUGACCCAGAGAUCUACUGGUUCAAAGACUUUCUACCUGUGGACAUCAGCAGCAGCAAUGGACGCAUUAAACAGCUGCGUUCAGGUGGUACACCAAUCAGAGGAGCACUUCAGAUUGAGAACAGUGAGGAGGCAGACCAGGGCAAGUACGAGUGUGUGGCAGUCAACAGCGCUGGGACUCGCUACUCUGCUCCAGCUAACCUUUAUGUUCGAGAUCAACGGGAAGUUCGUCGUGUGCCUCCCCGUUUCUCCAUCCCUCCCACCAAUCAUGAUGUAAUGCCUGGAGGCAGUGUCAACCUUACCUGUGUGGCUGUCGGCGCUCCCAUGCCUUAUGUCAAGUGGACGACUAGUGAGGUGGAGCUGACCCGAGAGGAAGAGAUGCCUAUUGGCCGCAAUGUCCUGGAGCUCACCAACAUCCAACAUUCUGCCAAUUACACUUGCGUGGCCAUAUCCUCCCUGGGCAUGAUUCAGACCACGGCCCAGAUAACCGUCAAAGCUCUACCAAAGCCACCUGCUUCCCUCAUUGUGACAGAAACCACAGCAACCAGUGUCACCCUGACCUGGGACUCUGGUAAUCCUGAAUCGGUGUCCUACUAUGUAAUUCAGUACCGCCCCAAACUGUCCGAAAACGGCUUCCAGGAAGUAGAUGGAGUAGCCACCACCCGAUACAGCAUCGGUGGCCUCAGCCCCUUUUCCGAAUAUGAAUUUCGCGUAAUGGCUAUCAACAACGUCGGCCGGGGGCCUCCCAGUGGUAUUGUGGAGACUCGUACAAGUGAGCAAGCACCCUCAUCCCCUCCUCUUCACGUCCAGGCGCGCAUGCUGAGUUCCAGCACAAUGCUGGUUCAGUGGGAACCUCCAGAGGAGCCCAACGGCCAAAUACGGGGUUACAGGGUCUACUACAGCACCACACACAAUACCCCACUAAGUGCCUGGCAGAAACACAACACAGAUAACAGCCAGCUCACCACCAUCUCAGGCCUGGCCACAGAUAUCACAUACAACCUGAGAGUACUGGGCUUUACCUCAGUGGGAGACGGACCUCCCUCUGAUGUUCUGCAGAUCAAGACCCAGCAGGGAGUUCCAGCUCAGCCGUCUGGGUUUGAGGCUGAAGCAGAACUGGAUUCACGCAUCAUGCUGUUAUGGCUUUGGCCAGUUCAGGAGCUCAUCAUUAGCUUUGAGCUGCUCUACUGGGAGGCCAACAACCCUACAGACAAGCAUCACGUCACUUUCGAGCCUGCGGGUUUCUACGCAGUUGAUGGUCUGAAGCCGGACACAGUCUAUAUGUUUUCCCUGGCAGCACGAUCGGAGAUGGGUUUAGGAGUCUUUACCAAGCCAAUUGAGACCAGAACUGCCCAAUCCAUGCCUGGAGCUCCUCCCAGGAAGGUGGAGGUGGACACCCUCAACUCCACUGCUCUCAGGGUGACCUGGAAGCCUCCCUUGUCUGUUAAGCAGCAUGGCCAGAUCAAAGGUUACCAGCUGGUCUACUCCAGGCUAGAGAACGGGGAGCCUCAUGGCCAGCCAGACGUCGUGUACAUUUCACUCCCUGACGCAAAGUGGAAAUCUGAAACUGAUGCUGAGACCAUUAUAACAGGUCUGCUGCCAGAGACGACCUACUCAUUGACUGUGGCUGCAUAUACCACUAAGGGUGAUGGAGCUCGCAGCAAAGCCAAGGUGGUCACCACCACAGGAGCAGUUCCUGGUAAGCCCACCAUGAUGAUCAGCACCACUAUAGGGAACACAGCCUUGAUCCAGUGGCAGCCUCCUAAAGAGAUGGUUGGGGAGCAUGUGGGAUACCAGCUGUUGUACAAGAGAGUAGAGAUAGAAGCUUUCACCAUCAAAGACUUCAGAAAGAUCGAUGACCAUUUCACAGUCACCGGCCUCCACAAGGGUGCCACCUACAUCUUUAAACUGUGUGCCAAAAACCGAGCAGGUAAUGGGGAGGAAUAUGUGAAGGAGAUCAGCACCCCUGAAGACAUCCCCAGCAGCUACCCCCAAAAUCUGAGUGUGGUGGGAUUGACCGCCACCUCCACCCAACUUGCCUGGGACCCCCCUCCUCUGUCUGAGAGGAAUGGGGAAAUUGUGAAGUACGUGGUGUUGUAUCGUGAUAUCAAUAUCCAGCACAAUAACACCAACAAUACCACAGAAACACUGAUGACCGUCCAAGGUUUGCAACCUGACACAACCUACGACAUCAGAGUCCAAGCUUUUACGAGUAAGGGGGGGGGUCCCAUCAGCCCAAGCAUCCAGAGCAGGACCAUGUCGACCUCCAUGCCAGUGUUCACCAAGAACUUUGGAGUGAAGGCUGUGACGAAAACCUCUGUGCUGCUGACCUGGGAAGUGCCAGAAACAUACAAAUCUCAAGUGCCUCUCAAGAUAUUGUACAACCAGAAGAGUGUGGAGGUCCAGGGGAACCUUAAGAGGAAGCUGAUCACUCAGCUUCAACCAGAUACUGAUUACUCCUUUGUGCUAAUGAGUCGGGGGAACAGUGCCGGCGGUCUCCAACAGCAGGUGUCCAUACACACAGCUCCCGACUUCCUGAGGAUGAAACCUGCUCUGUAUCAGCAUGAUGUGGAAGAGGGUGGGAGAGUGACCGUCAGCCUGCCCAGGGCCCCUGCUGGAGCCCCUAUCAGGUGGUACUACCUAGUGGUUGUCCCUGUCACCCCAGCUUCUCUGAGCAGAUGGGAGUGCCCAGAAGACAUGGACAUACAUGAGCUCCUGGAGGCUGGUGCUGACAGCAAACUGCAGAGAAAGAGAAGACAGAGCCAGGACUUCCUGCAACCCUACAUCACUGCCAAGCUGGACGUCCUGCCCGAGAUCUUCACUCUGGGUGAUGAGAAGAAAUACAAUGGCUACUAUAACAAACCCCUCCCAGGCCAGCAGCGGUAUCGCUGCUUUGUCUUGGCUGACCUGACGGACCAUGAGUCUAGGAUGUUUGCAGCGAGCCCAUUCUCCGAGCCCAUCAUGGUGAAGCUCCACAGUGGGAUGAGCCGACAGACUGAGGACCCACAGAUGCUGUGGGUGAUGGGCCCAGUCCUGGCGGUCAUUCUCAUCAUCAUCAUAGUCAUUGCUAUUCUACUCUUCAAAAGGAAAAGAACGUCUCCAGCCAAGGAUGAGCACAUGGCAGGGGUCAAAGACUCACUGCUGGCCCAUUCCACAGAUCCUGUGGAGAUGAGGAGGCUCAACUACCAAACACAAGGAAUGAGGGAACAUCCUCCCAUCCCUGUCUCUGACCUGGCAGACCACAUAGAGAGACUCGGGGCCAACGACGGACUGCUCUUCUCUCAGGAAUAUGAGUCUGUCGAUCCAGGACAGCAGUUCACCUGGGAGCACUCGAACCUAGAGGUCAACAAGCCAAAGAAUCGCUAUGCAAAUGUGAUCGCUUAUGACCACUCCAGAGUCAUCCUCACACCUGUGGACGGAAUUCCAGGUAGCGACUACGUUAAUGCCAAUUACAUCGAUGGCUACAGGAAGCAGAAUGCUUACAUCGCCACACAAGGUCCGCUGCCAGAGACACUGACUGAUUUCUGGAGGAUGGUAUGGGAGCAGAGAACCUGCACCAUUGUAAUGAUGACCCAUCUGGAAGAAAAGUCACGGGUGAAGUGUGACCAGUAUUGGCCCAGUCGAGGCACAGAGACAUUUGGGAUGAUUCGGGUGACCAUGUUGGAGACUGUAGAGCUUGCUACCUACAGCGUACGCACAUUUGCCCUCUAUAAGAAUGGCUCAAGUGAGAAGAGAGACGUCAGACAGUUCCAGUUCAUGGCAUGGCCUGACCAUGGAGUGCCUGAUUAUCCCACUUCAACGUUGGCCUUUCUUCGCAGAGUCGGGGCCUGUAACCCUCCAGACGCUGGACCAAUGGUGGUUCACUGCAGUGCUGGUGUCGGGCGGACAGGCUGCCUCAUUGUGAUUGAAGCCAUGCUGGAGAGGAUGAAAUAUGAGAAGUCCGUGGACAUUUAUGGUCAUGUAACGUGUAUGCGAGCUCAGAGGAACUACAUGGUGCAGACAGAGGAGCAGUACAUAUUCAUCCACGAGGCCCUGCUAGAGGCUGCAAUAUGCGGCAAUACAGAAGUCCCUGCACGCAGCCUCUAUGCCCACAUCCAGAAGCUCACCCACACCCCCCCUGGAGAGACCGUCACCACCAUGGAACUGGAGUUCAAGAAACUAGCCAACUCAAAAGCGCAUACCUCAAGAUUCAUCAGUGCCAACCUACCAUGUAACAAGUUCAAGACCCGCCUGGUGAACAUCAUGCCUUUUGAGUCCACCCGCAUCUGCCUACAGCCAAUAAGAGGGGUGGAGGGCUCAGACUACAUCAACGGCAGCUUCAUCGAUGGAUACAAGCAGCAGAAAGCAUACAUGGCCACCCAGGGUCCGUUAGCUAAGACCUCAGAGGACUUUUGGAGAAUGUUGUGGGAACACAACUCCACCAUUAUAGUGAUGCUCACCAAGCUCCGUGAGAUGGGAAGGGAAAAGUGCCAUCAGUACUGGCCUGCCGAGCGUUCUGCGCGCUACCAGUACUUUGUUGUGGACCCAAUGGCUGAGUACAACAUGCCUCAGUACAUCCUAAGAGAGUUCAAAGUCACAGAUGCCAGGGAUGGACAGUCGAGGACCAUCAGGCAGUUCCAGUUCACUGGCUGGCCAGAGCAAGGAGUGCCAAAAACUGGGGAGGGAUUCAUUGACUUUAUCGGCCAGGUCCAUAAAACUAAGGAGCAGUUUGGACAAGAUGGACCAAUCACUGUUCACUGCAGUGCUGGAGUUGGGCGGACCGGUGUGUUCAUCACCCUGAGCAUCAUCCUGGAGAGAAUGAGGUACGAGGGAGUAGUCGACCUCUUCCAGACUGUCAAGAUGCUCCGCACUCAGAGGCCAGCCAUGGUGCAGACAGAGGACCAGUACCAGCUGUGCUACCGGGCUGCUCUGGAGUAUCUGGGAAGCUUCGAUCACUAUGCAACAUAA